AUGUCUCCCUCUCCGCCGUUUUUACCCGACGUUCUCAUCGCCGAGGUCUUAUCCCUUCUUGAUGUGAAAUCUAUUCUUCGAUUCAGAUGUGUUAGCAAGUUUUGGGACACUCUCAUUACCGAUCCCACCUUCGUGAAAUCGCAUCUCAAGAAAUCAGCUAAACGAAAUACUCACUUCUUACUCAUCACCCAACACAUCACUCAUAUCCGAGGCGAGUCAUCCAACGGUAGUGAUAAUAAAUAUGUGCGUGAUUAUGGUGUCAUUCCCUACUCCAUAUGUAGUUUACUCGAGAAUCCGUCUUUCACCCUUUCUGUCGACUCUUAUUACUUGGUGCAACACAAAGGAUGCUCCAAUAUAGUUGGUUCCUGCAACGGAUUGAUCUGUUUGGUUGAUAGAUCCAUCACUAGGGACUACUAUGAGUACUCGUUCCGAUUAUGGAACCCAGCCAUCAGGAUGAUAUCUGCAAAAUUAGGGUUCUUACGCUUAUUUCACAAUCGUUCCGACUGCCCUUCCUCUGCUGCUGAUGAUGGCAUUUACAAAUUCAAAUUUGGUUAUGAUAAUUCUACGUGCACUUAUAAGGCAGUGGCCGCCCGGUACAACGAGGUAAGAAUCCUAAGUAUAGGUGAUAAUGUUUGGAGAAAUAUUGAAAGUUUCCCGGUUGCUCCUUUACAUUUUGGAGCUGAUUCAGAACUUUCUGAGGAUAAUUGUGGUGUGUAUUUCAAGAGCAGUAUUAACUGGUUGGCUAUUCAAAAUAAACUAUGCUAUAGCCGCCGAGAUAUUAAGGAUAUUACAGUUGAGCAAUUUGUUAUUGUUUCACUUGAUUUGGGAACAGAGACAUUUCGUCAAUACCUACUGCCCAGUGGCUUUGAUCAAGUACCGCCUACUGAGCCAAAUGUUGGUGUGUUGGGGGGCUGCCUUUCUUUUUCUUAUUGUUACAUGGAAACUCAUUUUAUUAUAUGGCAGAUGAAGAAAUUUGGGGUUCAAGAUUCUUGGACUCAAUUUCUUAAAAUUAGUUAUCACAAUCUUCAAGUUAACUAUGACUAUAGUGAUGACGGAUAUAUGUAUAUUUUUGAUAUUGUUCCUAUGAUUCUAUCUGAAGACGGUGAUACACUGAUACUUCGUUGCAGUCAGGAGAUAUCCCAAGCUAUUCUCUAUAAUUGGAGAAAUAACAGAGUGGAGCGAACAAAUAUUACUGCAAGAAAAACAGGUACUGAUGAUACAACUGUCGAUUAUCCCUUGUACGCGGCCGAGAACUAUUUUGAAAGCUUAGUUUCAGUUUUUUGA